CGACUAAAUAUCUAUAUGGAAAUAAAUUUUAAAUUAUGGAAUAUGUUUCAGCAAAAAUGUGAAUGUUAUUGGUCAGAAGAAGAAAAAAAAGGUUAUGGAUACAUUACUGUUGAAGUUUUGAAAAUACAAUACAUUUGCCCUGAUUUUCUAGUCAGAACAUUUAAAGCUAUUAACAACAAUAAUAAUAAAGAACGAAUAAUAUAUCAGUUUCAUUAUACAACUUGGCCAGAUCAUGGUGUACCAGUAUCUGUAGAACCAAUUUUACAACUUAUUCAAUUAGUUAGAAAAUUUCAAGCAUCUGAAGCAGUUCCAAUUUUGGUUCAUUGCAGUGCUGGCUGCGGUCGAACAGGAACAAUUUGUUCAAUAGAUUAUGUUUGGAGACUAAUGAAAAUGGGAAAGCUGACUGAAUUCUUUAAUUUAUAUGAAAUUAUAUCAAAAAUGCGAAAACAAAGGAUUGCAAUGGUUCAAACAAAGGAACAAUAUAUUUUAGUACAUAGAGCAGUAGCUGCACUAUUUGAACACCAACUUGAGUUAAUUGAUAAUCAUAUUUAUGAAAAUUUAGAUGAAAAUGGCCAUCCAUUGCUAAAAGACACAGAGAUUUUAAAUUCACAUGAAGCAAUGAAUGAAGAAAAUGAAAAUUCUUUUGAAAUGAAAAAGCAAGAUUAUACUAUGGAUUUUAAGAAAGAAACCAUAGAAAGUUCUUUGAGUGAAGAAUCUGAUACAACAAUUACAAAUGAUGACUUAGAAAAUACAAAUUAUGAAAGUUUUGAUGUUGGAAAUGAAACAGCAAACAAUAUAAAUUAUAGCAUAAAUGAUUAUAAUUGUGAUCAGAAUGUAAAUUUUACAAUUUCAUUGCCUCUUAAUCCAAGUAAAACCUUUACAGAUAAUUUAUCAGUUUCAACUACUAUAACAUACAAUGAUGAUAAAAUUUUAGUAGAUUCAAAGCAAAAUGAAAAUAAAAAUACAUCAAGUAAUAUUAAUGAAUGUGGUUCCCAUACAAAUGAAACAGAAUUAGACAGUAAUAGAAACAAUUUUACAAAUACAGAAACUGAAAUCAAUCCAUCUUUCUGUAUUCCAUGCGAAAAGGAAGAUAAAUCUUCUGAAAACAACUGCAAUAAUUUGACAUAUAAAACUAAUGACAUUGAAGAAAUAUUUCUUCAAAUACUUAAUGAUGACAACAGACAAGCAACUGAAAAAUUAGAUGAUAAGGCUAAAUCAAAUAAAGAUGUAUCAUCAAAAACAGUUCAGACAAUAGAAAACACAAAUGAUGGCAAUAAUGAAAUGACUGAAGAAUAUUUUAAUGAAAUGUCAGAUCAAAAUCCUGUAAAUAUAUUUGAAAAAGAUACUGUAUUGCAUAAUUUAACAAGUGAAUUGGCAUUAGCUAGUAGACAGCGCUAUAUUUGUUUAGUUACAGAAUGUGAGCAAUCUUUUUCUGAAAUUGAAAGAUUGCUGGAAGAAAAGAAUUCUGAAAAUUCAGAAAAUUUAAUUUCAAACAAUAAUAGUAAAGAAAUUUUAAGAUUUGAUCAGAUUUUCCAGAAUAACAAUCAUGUAUUGGAAGAGAUUGAAACAAAAAAUAUGAUACAUCCUUCAUUUAAUGACAGAAGUGACAAAUUUAUUCAAGAGAAACUAGAAACUGUUAACAAUAAUGAUUUAGAUUCAUUAAAUCCUAAGAAUAGUGAUUUAAUAAAUGAAAUUAAAACUGUUGAACAAACUAUAGAUUAUAAGAUAAAUUAUUUGAAAGAAAGAAUUGAUUAUGAAAAAGGAGGCAUAGAAGAAGCAUUAAUGAAAAAACAAAAAGAUAGUGAAGAAGCAAUAGAAUUUAUUGAUACUUGUAGUCAAGAAAUAUUAGGUAAUGAAUGUGAAUCAUUACAAAAUCAACAAAAUGUUAAUCAUUGUAUUGAAAAUAAAUUAAAUGAAAACAAUGCUGAGAAUUAUGAAAAUACAAAUAAGUAUGAAAAUAAUGAAAAGUUUUCAAAAUCUCUACACUAUACAAUAGAAUUAUCUAAUUCAGGAAUCAAUAAGAAAUCUGAAGAAUUUAAAAAGAUUCUUGCUGGAAGACGCAUUGGCAAAAUAUUUGAACCUGAGCAUGAUCAUUUAAAUUUUAAACAAGAAAGAUGUUCAAGUAUUUGUAUAAGUAAUUUUCAGUGUGUUGAUGAAAAACAAGAUGUUGAAACUAGUUUAAAAGGUAAAGAAAAUUGCAAUAAUACUAACAAUACUUUCCUUGAAUCUAAAAAUUGUGAAUAUGAUGAUUUCGCUAAUCAAUCUUCUGAAAAUGAAAAAUCUGCCGUAGCUCAGAAACCUAGUAUUGCAAAAUUAAAAGCACUUUUUGAAAAACCUAUAAUAAUUGAUGAAAAUACUCGUAAGUCUAAACAAAAACAAAGUCAUCCACUCUCUAGAAGUCAUAGUCAUCACAUCCAUUCAAAUAAAUCUGAUAUUUUAUAUUCUAAUGAGAAAACAGUUUUAAAACCAACAUUGUUUAACAAAGUUUCAAAAAUAUUUCAUGCUCCUUCAUACGAAGAACAUAAAAAAAUACACAAUAGUAAAUUAAAUGCUUAUAAAUAUAAUGAAGGCACAGAAACUACUGCUUUACCAAUGGAAGUUCGUGAGCAAUUCUCAAAUGCUAAUGAAAGUAAAUCUCAAUGGUAUGAUGAUUCAAAAAAGCCAUAUUCAGAUGUAAAUCUUUCUUUGAAUUCUGAGGAUCAUUUACAGUUAGACAAAAACUCAAUGACUGAGAUAAAUAGAAGAAAUUCAGAAAAUGCUGAAGUUGGAUGUUUGGAUAUUUCUUCUCUGAUGUCUUCCAUUAUUUCAGGUGAACAAAAUAUCAAUCAAACACAGUGGUAUGAACAGAAUUCACUUUUAUAUAAAGAUGCUAACAAAAAAGAUAAUUUCACACAAAAUAUUUCAAAAGAAAAAUGUACUAUUAAAGAAUAUAAUAAUAAUGAACAAAGUUCUUUGAUAUCUGAUUGUUCAAAGGGAAAAGAAUCAAAUAAAUUAUAUCAAACAAGUGCUGUUAAUCUACCAGAAGCAAAUAAAAACAAGCUUCAAAAUAUAUCUUUUAAUUCCUGUCAAGAAGCUAAUCAUAAUGAAAAACAAAUGUCCACUGAUAAAUUGGAAGCUACAACUAAAUGGUAUUUCAAAAAAGAAAGUGAUAAUGACAUUGAAAAUAGUAAUAUGAAUGAUGUAAAUAGUGAUUCAGAGUUACAGUCUUGUCAAAAUAUAGUAAGAGCUCAGCAGGAAAAUAUCGGUAAUCUAUCUCAAAAUAUGACUGAAUCAAAUCUUGAUUCUUUUCUUAAUCAACAACCACCCCUUCCACCAAAAAAGAAAAAUGACAAACCAAAAAAUAGUACUAGUUGGUAUUUAAAUGAAAACUCUCAGCAUUUAAAUAUGAAAAGUAGUACAGGAAAUGUAGAUCAUAAAGAGCAUGUGGCAGCAUAUGCAAAUGUAAUUAAAAUGAAAAAUGGAUCUCUUAUAGAAACUAAAGAUUUGAAAAAAUCAAUAUUGUACAAUCUAAAUGAAGAAAAAACUGAUUUAUAUAUGAAUGUAAAUCCAACAACGAAAAAAAAUAUUGAACAAAUUGAAAAUUCCUUACAGCAACAUCCAAGAGGUGCAAUAAUUGACCUCACAUCUCGGCAGUCUUUUGCAAAUGAACAACAAAUGGCAAAUAAUACUGAACAAAAUGUUAAAGAGGAGAAAGGAGUUCUUUCCUCAGAUUUUAAAGGAAAAUUAAAGGAAUAUAAAAAAGUAAAUCCUCCAAAAAAACUUAAAGGUUAUGAAACAAUAUGGCCUCAAAAGAGCAAUGAUAGUCAAUUUGACAAUAGUAAUUUAGAUAAGAAGUUUGCAUCUAAUAAAGAUAUAUUAAAACAACAGAAGAAUUUUGAAUUAUUUCAAGAAAAGUCUGCAGAAUGUAAAGAAAAACCUCAGCCAAAACCUAGAUCAUUAACAUCAGAUAAACAAAUAACUAAAUCAAAAUCAUCUUCAAAUAUCUUCCCAAAACAGUUUAAUGUGAAAAAUUCAGUAUCCGAUUUUACUAGAUUUAAAGAAACAUCUGUGAAUAAAGUUGUUUGUGAACUGAAUAGUAUUUUGAAUGUAUUGACAAAUCGUCCAUUUAAAUCUUCAAAACCUGAAACCUCUGUUACAGAAAAGUCUACUUGUUUAUCAUCAGAAACUUCUCAGAAGAUUCAGCCAUCUGCUCCACCUCGUAGAAAAUUGAAACAAGACAUUACAGACUGUCAUUUGUAUAAUUCUGAAGUAAAUUGUCCAGAUAAAUCAAAUUAUAUCAAUAGAAAAAUUAAUGAUAUUCAUAAUGUUGAAUCAAAUGUAAACCAAUUAUCUAAAUCCACAACAUUACCAAAUAUUAAUCAUUUAAGUUCGAGAACAGCAAAUGAAAGUGUGAAAGAAAAUAAUGAUAAGAUUUCAGAUUUUGAAUCUUCUAAAUUUACUCAAGAUUCUAAAAAACUUUAUUCAGUUUAUGAAAAUAUUGAUUGUAAUCAAUUUAAUAUUCCACAAGUAGAAAAACAAGAAUCAGCAGAUAAUUUUAAAAGUAAAUUAUAUAAAUUAAAACACUCGACAUCAGAUGCAAGUGUGUUUGCAGUUUUAAGGAACACAAAAUAUCGCAAAAAUAAAUUAUCUACAGAUAUGUCAAUCAAAUUAGAAAAGAAAUUAAAUGAUGAUGAAAACCAAACAAGAAAUUUAAAUGAAAAACACAAAAUAAUUGAAAAUAAGUCUAAUAAUUUAAGUGAAAGUUCAAAACAGUCGUAUCAAAUAAUUAAGAAACCCGAAAGACGUUCCAUGGAUGAUAUGGAUAUGUUUCCAGUUGCACCACCAAGAUCAAAACGCCAUGGUCCAACUUUAAAAAGUGUUUCAGAAAUGGAAAAAUUUACCAAAAGUUUAGAUGAAGUUGGAUUAAAGCCUGUGAUAUCUACGGAUGCUCUGAAAUCUUUAAAUUUUCCCUCUCAGCAAAGACUUCAAAGUAACUAUGCAAAUAAUGAUACAUCUAACUAUACUCAAUCAGUUUCUACAAGUAAGAAAUUUUAUUAUAAUAGAUAUUUUUAGUAAAUAAAACAUUUUUCUUUGAAAAUGUUUUAUAAAAAUAUUU